CAUAAUGGUUACGAUAAGUCGGAUAAUUAUUUAUCCUUCAGCAAUGAUUGAAUUGUGGAUCAAUAUUUUGGAAAGGAAAAUUAGACGACACAACCCAUCUGCAGGUCUUGACCACACGAUAGCUCUACUCCAGCAGUACCGUAUAGCUCAACUCACCGUAAAUUUAGUGUCCGCUGUCCUUGCAAUGCCAUAUCUUUCAAUUUUCUUAACCUUCACGAUGGUUGGCGAAGUUUCCGCCCUUUAUAUAAUUAUAUCUUCCUGGGCUCACUUACCCGUCGAAGCUAUCCUCCUCUUCCUCCUGUUAAGUCUCGAUUUCUUCGUCGUCAUCCACAUCAUGCUGCAUUCCCUCAGUUUACCGAAUACUGCGUCGAUAGAGUUCCUCAAAAAUGGAGGAAAAAUAUUGAAGUUGCAAAAAAUUGGGAGGAAGGAUUGUUUCUUAUUACGCAAAUAUUUACGGUCAUUCCCACCACUUAAGGUUGGGAUGGGUGGUGGUAAGUAUUGGGAUAAGCGGACAUCUUUAACCGUGUGGCAAUUUUGUGUUGAUAGACUAAUUAAUUUGCUGCUUUAUGGAAGUCUAGUGUAAAAUCAUUUAUUUAAUGACAUAAUGUUAACAAAUUAUAAAUUGUAUACUUGUAAAAAUUUAACCCUAAAUUUAAAAUAUGUCUGUACAAUACGUAGUAAAUACUGUCCAUUUCUGUCCAUGUAUAUGUACACAGUUUUAAGAAACAAUGUCACAUAAUUGCUAGAAUACAUAGUUUAAACUUUGAGUAAUUUAUUCUAUUACAGAAAAUACAUAUGUAGAACCCUAUUUAAAUGUCGCACUGGAAUUUCCCUGCAAAUUUCGAUUUAAAUUUAA